AAUACAGCACUUUGCACAUUUCGGUCAGUGUUAAACUUGUGUGUUAACACAUUUUUGUCAUAAAAGAACACUGUGAUUUUUUUUUUGGAUUGUGUUUGUCGCAAUGUCGACUCCUUACCAAGGCAAAGGGCGUUGCUUCGGCGAGUACAGAUGCAGCCAGUGCAAUCGAUCGUGGAUGAGUGCCAACUCCUGGGCCAACUACGGUCAAGAAUGCACCUCCUGCAAGAUUAUGGUUAUGCCUCAUAAGCAGCGUCCAUUAUUGAAACCCGAUGGCCUUGACAAGAGUGACCCGAACAAAAGACAUCCAACAGAAUUGUGUCAGAAGUGCAAAGCCUUGGGUAGGCCUUGUAAACAAUUUUACAAUUAAUAGUAUUAAUGUACUCUGAUUUCUGUGUUUCUAAAUUACUUGUGCUGCUUAAUCUUAAGCGAAUUCGUAUUUUUAAUUAAUUUCUGUUAUUAUAAUAAUAAGCUCGCUGAUUGUUUUUCUUUCCACACAAAAUAUCUGUAAAACUAGUAUUCCUAGAUCACACAAAUGCUUUUCAAACGCGGGGAUCGAACCCGCGAUAUAUCGUGCUAUGUGGGUUUGGAGUGGGUACCUCAAAUACCCGGCUAUCCGUGCAGACAAAUCUGCACUCAUCUUAAACGGUGCAUUAAUUUCGAUGGUCAGCAGCUACAUAAUAUGAUUUGGAGAUGGAUACAUUUGCCAGCGUUCCUAUUGUUGACUUUGCAGCCUGGUGAAGCAUAAACCCAGUGUCCCUAUUACUGCUUAGUCGGUGAGGGAUCAGCUGACCUUAUUAUAUUUUUUUAUUAUAAUAACAAAUUAUUAUAUACUAGUCAAGGUUUAAGUACAAAAGAUUUAAAAAACGAUUUAUUGUUAAAAAGAAAGGAUUCACUAUGUACUGUAUGGAGAAAUUCUUGUAUUUACUAUUUGUACCUAAAUAAACUACUUUAAAUCAAUUGAA